AUGAUUUUUGGAAACUCCAAACACAUCGUAACGCUUCCACUUCUCCAGGAGAGCCAACGUUUACUUCGAUUCCUUUCUUAUGCGGUCUAUAGCCAUGCCCAGUUGCCUACAGAAGCAGUUAAAUGCAUUAGAAAAAGUUUAGAAUCAUCAACAUCCAGUGAUACACGUGGAGAAAGGAUAAUAAGGCUGCUUUCAUGUGUUCUUGUUAGGAGUAUUGUCAAUAUCAAAGGAGCUUCUUGUGUUAACAGAAAGAAUACAGUUGUAGCACAAGCUUCUUAUGAAAAUGGAGGGAAAAAUAGUGCCCAAAAUGCCCCUGAGAACUUGGAACCUUUGUGGGAUGAUGGUUAUGGGACACAAACCAUGAAAGAUUACACUAAAAUAGCCAUGGAUUUAUGGGCGUGUUCACUCACUAACAAGAGCCAACUACCUGGCUUCACCUCCCUUGGUUGUAGCUUACGCACUUGUCGGUCGACAUCGACUUCGAAAACGAGCCAACGGGACCACAAAGGAUAGAAAGAAUGCCUACUUUAGAGAUGUUUGGACAAGCACCGAAGAAAUCGCUCAAACUGUAG